AUGGACGAUUAUGGAACUCUAUCAGCUUACAAUAAAAACAUUCUUCCAUGCAGCAAUUCAUAUGGAUAAUUUCAAACAAAUUAUUAUGCAAAUUUUAAUUGUGUAGAUAAAUAAAAACCGACUAUGGAUUCCAAUUAUGGAAUUUUUGAAAUUGAUGACCUUCCACCUCAUUUCAGAAGAGAGGUUAGGAUAGAAAUUUUUCAUAAUAAAGAAAGUAAAAUAUAGCUGUCUUUCUAGCUUGAUAAUUUAAGUCCUAUUUCUGUUCAAUUAAAUAAGGGUAGUUUAGCAAGACUAUAAAUACCAUGUUAAAGUAAAAGUAAUAAUAUUGAUUCUGAAACCGAAUACUAUUACAAUUUUAAUUAAGUUAAUAUCAAUCCUUAGACAAACUCAAUAUCAACUUUCUCUGUUUUAGAAUAAUGUAGUGAUAAAUCUUACUUAAGAAUAAGAUCUAUUUAAUUUAAUAUUGAGUCUUGCCAUAAUUCUUGCCUUUCGUGUACUGGUCCAUCUGAUUCUAAUUGCUCUUCUUGUGAUUCAACUUGUGCUACUUUAAAGAACCAAUAAUGUGUUUUAAAAUCUUCAAAUUAUGUCUUAUAAGAAGGGAAAUGUGCAUAUAAUUGUUCUAUACCUCAUUUUUUAAUAAAUAGUAAAUGCAUUUGGAUACCAAACUGCUAAACUAUUUCUAUAGAAAAUAAUUGCACAUAGUGCUAAUCAGGUUUUAUCCCAGUUUAAACAAAGAAUUAUGAAGCUCAGUGCUAAAAAUAUUGUCCUAAAGACUACACUAAAAUAAACGGAGUUUGCGUAGAUAAUAAAAAAAAUAUUUCAGGUCAGUACCUAUUAUAAAGCUUUUAUCAGUAUGUUUUCUCGAGUAUUGAAAUUGAAAAGAAUAAUAUCAAUUUUACAGGUUAAAUGCAAAUAAAUGCAUAGAGUUCUAAAUAUACACGUUGUGGAGAUUAUUAACUGCUUGGGGGAUUUUUUAGUAAUAUUUAAGGUUCUUAAAUUUCUACAAAUUAAUAUACCUCUAACUAUAAGCUUAUAAGAGUAUCUUUUAAGUGGAUAUUAAUAGAUUAUAAUUCAAGCGAUAAUCCAAGUAUAUCUGUUUAAUUAUAAGGUUAAACAUAGUAAAGUUAGAGUAUAUUGUUAAAAGAUGCCUAAUAAUAAUAAAUUUGUGGAUUAAAUAAUCAAGAUUAUAUUGGAGAUUUUCAAUACGAUUUCAAUGUACCUACAGGAACAUUUUCUAUAAUUAUUUCAAAUUAAAUGAGUGAUAUACCUUCUGCAGAUUCUGAUAAAUAUGAUUAGACAAAUAGACACUAGUAUUUUGGAAUUAGAGAUUUCUAAAUAUAUACUUUUAAUUGUUAACAAGAUUUUUGUAUUUAAUGUGCAUCUUAGCUACCUAAUGCCUGUCAAUAAUGUGAUAUUGGAUAUUAUCUUAAUAAUGGUUCUUGUACUUAAUGUUUAAAAGAUUGUUAAGAAUGUUAGAAUGGUACUUAUUGCACUGUCUGUAAAGGAGGAAGAAUUUUGAAUUCUUCAAAAGCCUGUGUUUGCCCUACUAAACAAUACUGGAAUGGAUCUAAUUGCAUAGCUUGCUAAAAUAACUCUUGCGAUACAUGUGAUAGUUCUGAUAGUACCAAAUGUAUAACUUGUCCUCCAAAUUUUUAUCUCUUCAAUCAAAAUUGCUUAUCUGAUUGCCCUCCAUUAACUUAUAAAAAUACUAAUACUCUAAAAUGCGAAUCAUGUUUGACAAACUGUAAAACUUGUUUAGAUGCUACUUCAUGCUAACUUUGUCAACCUAAUUAUUAUCUAUCAGCAGAUAAAAAAAGUUGUUAGCUAACAUGUCCUCAAGGAUAAUAGUAGAAUUCUAAUUCUUAUACUUGUAUACCUUGUUAAGACUCUAAUUGUUAGCUAUGCCAGUAAUAGAUUGAUUAAUGUACUAAAUGCGGAAACAAUUAUAAUUUACAAGGAAAUAAAUGUUAGUAAUACUGUGAUCCUUCUUAUUACUCUGACAAUUUUGUUUGUAAGUUAUGCUCCCAAAAAUAUUUAAAUUGCUAAUAGUGUAAUUUAACUUAAUGUAUUUAAUGUUAACCUACCUAUUUUCUAUAUAAUGGAACUUGCACAAACAUAUGUCCUUCAGGUUAUUUUUAAGACACUUCUACAUCAAUUCAAAAAUGCACUAAAUGCUCAAACACUUCUUGUCAAACUUGUGAUCCAUCUCUGAGUAGUAAAUGCUUAACUUGUAGUAAUUUAUAAUAUAAGUAAGGAGACAAUUGUGUUGAUAACUGUGAUUCUAAUAUGUUUCCCAAUUCUUCAAGAGUAUGUACAUUGUGUUCCUCUAAAUUUAUUGGUUGUUUUUUAUGCACUCCAACAUAGUGUUUAUCUUGUGUUAACUCCUCUGAUUACCUUGAUAAAAUAAAUAAUUCAUGUGGAAGUACAUGUCCUCAAAGUACUUUCAAAGAUAGCUCUGGAACACCACCUUCAAAUAUUUGUACUGCUUGUGAUAGUAAUUGUAAAACUUGUGAAUAAGUUAGCACAUAAUGCACAAGUUGUAAUAAUGAUAAAUAUCUAUAAGGAACUAAUUGUUAAUCUAGCUGUGACUCAAGUUAUUAUCCUAACUCUGAUAGGAAGUGUACUACAUGUAAUUCAAAAUAUCCUAACUGUACAUAAUGCACAGCUUCUUAAUGCUUUCAAUGUAAUCUUCCUUACUUUUUUGUAGAAGGAUAGAGUACAUGCUAGAUUUAAUGCCCUUAAGGUUACGGACCUAUAUCUACUGCAACGAAUAACACAUGUAAACCAUGUACAAAUAAUGAUUGCAAAUCUUGUCAAUCACCUAAUUUAGAUUUGUGUGAUUCUUGCUACCCUAAUUCUAUUAAGCCUUACCUUUCUGGAACAUCUUGUAUUAGCUCGUGUGCAUAAAAUGAAUAUGUUGAAUCAGCAACUAAUAAAUGUAUUUUAUGCUCUUUGAAAACUUAAGGGUGUGAUACUUGUGCAGAAACUGCAUGUAAAUCUUGUUCUACUCAAUAUCUAGAUGUAACUACUGGUAAGUGUGUUGAUGACUGUGUUACUUUAUCAUUAAAACCAAUAGAAACUCCAAUAAAGAAAUGUGUGUUAGAUUGUGUCACAAUUGAUCCACUAAUGACUUUUUGUGUAAACUGCCAAACUGAUGCUAUUAGCAAAACAAUGUGCUUAGAAUGCGAAAAUGGUAAAUAUUUAGAUCAAGGAUUAUGUUAAGGCAGUUGUCCAGAUGGAAAGUAUCCUGAUAGUAAUUCAAUUUGUUAACCAUGCAGAAAUAAAUUUGAAGGUUGUAAUAAAUGUACUAGUAAUUCUUGUACAUCAUGCUUAGAUUCAACUUAAUACUAUGAUCCUAUAGCUUAAAAGUGUGUUGUUUCAUGUGAGUAUGGUGCUAAUCCUCAAUUACCGUCUUUAAUCUGCUAAUCUUGCUUAAAAAACACUUGCAAACAAUGCAGUUAAUUAGUUCUUUCAUAAUGCACAAGUUGUUUUUCAGAUGGAAUGUAUUAAUAUCUGUAAAAUGGAGAUUGUGUUUAAAGUUGUUCCAAUAAAUAUUACACAGAUGGAUUAAUCUGUAAAUUAUGUUCCGAUAAAAUUCCUUAUUGCGAUAUUUGUAAUACAGAUGGAUGCUUAUAAUGCUCCUCAAAUUACUACUUAAGUAUUGAUAGAUAAUAGUGUACUCCACUUUGUCCAGAUAAAUAAUAUGGAAGUUCUAUUAAUGGAGUAUUUAUUUGCUAAUAUUGUCAAAAUUCUAGGUGCCUUUAAUGUGAUUCUUCUUAACCUAACUUAUGUUUAAUUUGCGAUCAACUUUAAAGCACAAAAUAUUUAGAAAAUGGUUAGUGUUAAUUAUCUUGUAGUGAUCACAGUUUUCCUGACUCUUAAAAUGUAUGUAAGAAAUGUGAAUCCAAAUUUUAAAAUUGUGAUUCAUGCAAUCAAUCUAAUUGUCUUAGCUGUAAUGUGGGAUAUUACUUAGAUGUAUAGACAUAUAGUUGUGUAGCAAAUUGUCCGAAGGGAAUGUAUGGAUCAAAUUUUACAUAACAAUGUGAGUUUUGUGAUUAAAAAAAUGAGUGCGAAAUAUGUGAUCCUUAAAAACCUAAUUAAUGUACAAAAUGUAUUAGUUCACUUUAUUUAUAGAAUGGUUUUUGUACAUUAAAUUGUACUGAUGGAACUUAUCCUGAUAGCAAUAAUAUUUGUUAGCCUUGCUCUGAUUUUGAUGCUAAUUGUAUUAAAUGCAAUUCAAAGUAUUGCACAUAAUGCUAAGCUGGAGAUAUUUAUCUUGAUGUUGUCUCUAAAAAAUGUAUUAAUACAUGUCUAGAUGGAUAUUAUAAAAAUCAAGACUAGUUUACUGGUGUUAAAACUUGCGAAAUAUGUUUAAAUACUCUUUGUAAAACAUGUUAAGCUGAUGGUUCUUGCCUAAGUUGUUAUACAACCAAUCAUGAGUAAUACUUAAAUGGUAAUCAAUGUGUCUAAACAUGCCCUAAGUAUAUCGAUGAUGUUAACAAAUUAUGUGUUGAAUCUUGCCCUUCUUCUAAUUAAGUGCCUGAUAAAACUACAUAAAAAUGUACGAUUUGUAGUCAAAAAAUUUACAAUUUAGAGUGUUUAGCAAAUUGUCCAUAGGGCACAGUAGAAGAUCCUCUUAACUCAAAUUUAUGCAUUUAAUGUAAGAGUAUAUUUUCUAAUUGUGAUAUUUGUGAUCAAAAUAAUUGCUUGAAAUGUUUGCCUAACAAUUUCUUAAAUAAUGGAAAGUGUUCUAGUGACUGUCCUCUGAAUACUUAUAAAAACUAUUAGAAUAAUGAAUGUGUUUCAAGUUGUAACUAGUCUGGAUAUUUUGCUGAUCAAAAUAGCAAAAGUUGUUUAUAGUGUAAUACUAAUACAUGCACUGAGUGUGUUGAUACUAAAGACAAAUGUACAAAAUGUAUUCCUGGUAAAUUCUAUUAUGAAUCUCUAAAUUAGUGUUAUUCAGACUGCCCUUAAAAAACAUAUAAGGAUAUACUUUCUUAAAAAUGUUUACCUUGUGACUAAAAAACAUGCUUAAAAUGUGAAGGAGGUGGAAAAUGUCUUGAAUGUGAAGAUUUUUUAAACGAAGAUGAUCAUAAGUGCUAUCAAGACUGUCCUAAUGGAAAAUAUUAUUAUCUUCAAAAAUGCGUUAAAAGCUGCUAAGUAGGUUAAUAUUUAGAUUAAAUUUAAAACACGUGUUUUGAUUGCCCUGAUAACUGUGUAGAGUGUCUUCAAAAAAAUGAGUGCAUUAAAUGUUUACCUAGUUAUAUGAACAACUCUGACAAAAAUUAACCUCAAAUAUGUGAUUAAUGUAUUGAUGGAUACUUUUUACAAAAUGAAAUGUGUAUAAAAUGCUCAAUUGAUUGUCAAACAUGCUUAAACUCAGCUUCAGAAUGCUAAACAUGCCCUUAAGGAUACAACUUAGAUUUUAAAAAAUAAUGUAUUGUGUGUAAUUAAGAUUAAUAAUUUGAUGAAAUUAGCAAGAAGUGUAUGAUAAAAUAAACCGGUGGUGUAAUACCCAAACUUCAAGUACUUGAUGAAAUUUAAUAAAAAGAUAACAAAAUUCUAAUUUAAGCCAAAAUUACAUUUAGUGAAGAGAUUUUUGUUAUUGAACCUAAAUGGAAUAUGAAUUUAGAUUCAGUUUAAAGUCAAGAUUAUGAAAUAAGGUAUGAUAUUGUCCAUGAAUAAGAAAUCAAUUUAAAAUUUAACUCAAGUGAAAUAGGUUAAAAAGCAUAAAAGCUUAAAGCAUUAAUUUCAAUAACAAUUGAAAAAAAUUCAAAUAACUAGUACAAACAACUUUUAGUUGAUUUUAUGAAUGAAAAAAAUAUAGUUUAAAGCUAGAAUUUCGGAUUAAAGAUUAUUAAACUUUAAGGAAAUUUACCAGAGUAUGGUUUUUAUAAAUACCCAUAAAUGUCUAAAUCAACAGAAAUUUCAUAAGCUCUAAUAGGUACAUCUUACUUUGCAUUAGUUUUAGGAGCUCCUUUUUAUAUGCUUGUUAGCUUCUUUGAUAUUUUAUAAUUGACAAAUUAUUUACUUUAUCUUAAUGUUCAGUAUUAAGAUAACUUAUAUAAUGUAAUAAAGUUAUUCGACUUUGCAAAUUUUGAAUUUAUACCGAAUGUUAAAAAAGACAACUCAAGCUCUCCUUUUAAGUUUAGAAUGGAAAAAAUUGACACUUUCAUAUAUUCUAACUUGGUUUAAUCAAUAGUUAUAUGGUUAUUCUCAUGUUUAACUUACAUUCUAAGUAAGGUUUUUAUAAAAAAGUAUAAAAUUUAAAAGAAUAUUUUUAUAGAUGCCAUGAGAAGCUAUCAUAAUUAAUAUUUCUUUUAAAUUAUAAUUGGAUUAGGUUUUCUUACAUAUUGUGAUUUAUUGCUAUCAGUAUUUUUGUAAUUCUAUGACUCUGCUAAUAUGACAGCUUCGUAAUUAGUAGGUGUAAUAUCAGCUACAGUUCUUUUACUUGGAAUUAUAGCUUUAAAUAUUUUAACUCUUAAGUCUACAAGAAUAUAAACAUACUAGUUAAUAUUCAAUGACAAAAUAAAAUCUUUAUAUGGAUAUCUUUACAAUGGUAUAGAAAUGAAUUAGAAAAAGGCAGUAAUGAAUCUUCUCUUUUUAUUCAGAAGGACUGUUGUCAUUCAGUAGUUAGUUUUUAAUUAGUCUAACCCAAUAAAUUAAACAUAUAUAUGCUGUCUAUGUGUAGGCAUUGAGUUUACAGUGAUGCUAAUUCUUAAACCUUAUAAAAACUUAAAUGAGUAAAAAUUACAUCUAGGUAGUAGAUUUUUAAUGAUUUUAUCAAUGAUUUUGAUUAUGAUUCUAGCAAUUAAUGAUUCUGUUUAAAAUUUGAGCUACUCCACAUAGAACUGUAUCUCUAUUUUUAUAUCAGUACAAUUAUUAGUGAUUUACAUUACACAAGUAUGCUACUUGGUUACUUAAAUAUACUAAAUUUUGAGAAAAAAGUACCUAUUAAAAUAAUAAUCUAAAUUAGUUUGA